AUGGCUACUUCGGAAUCCCAAAAUCCCUCCUCCUCCUUCUCUUCAAAACCCGAAAACAAGAGUAGAUAUGACAUUUUUUUGAGCUUUAGGGGCCUAGACACCCGCAAAAAGUUCACCGACCACCUCUUCCACUCUCUCUUGCGAGAGGGGUUCCAAACAUUCAGAGACAACGACGAGAUCGAGAGGGGUCAUGUUAUCGAAUCCGAGUUGGAGAAAGCAAUCAAGAAUUCCAAGAUGUCGGUGAUCGUGUUAUCGGAAAACUAUGCCAAAUCGACGGCUUGCCUGUUUGAACUCCAGUCCACAAGUCCAACAUAUGAUAUAUUUCAUCAAUCUUUGGUUGAAAUUUAUGUGCCAACAAACGCCUACCAAAAUAAUUUCAUGACGGUUGUGAAAAACUCAAUUUUGUCGUCUUCUAGUUCAAGCUUGGAAGUGAGGCUUACGGGUAAAACCCUUCAUCGCUAUCUCACGGUCUUUCUUCAACAAAUAACAAAGCUUCCUCUCCACCCUGCUCUAACUCCUACAAAAGUUGAAAAGACAGCAGAUUUAAUGAUGCAAAUUCCUUAG